AUGGAUAUGAUGGCUCGAAGUUACUUGCUUCAGAAUUGCGAGGCGUUGGAAAGAGAUAUCAAGACUUCUUACAUAAUGGAUCAUAUGAUUGCGGAUGAAGCAUUAACGUUGCUGGAAGAGGAGAAAGUAAAAGCCCAGACUACACAGAGAGAACGAGCAGCUAUGUUAGUAAAAAUAAUUCUUGCCAAAGAUAAUUAUGCUUACGUAUCCUUCUAUAAUGCACUGCUUCAUGAGGGAUACAAAGAUCUUGCUGCGCUUCUCCAGGAUGGCAUCCCUAUUAUUUCCCCUUAUAAUGGAAGGAAUUCUAUGGAUGGAGUAACUUCAUAUGUUAAGACAAUUCUCUGUGAAGGUGGUGUUCCACAGCGACCAGUAGUGUUCGUCACUCGUCCAGAACUAGCAAAUAAAAUUCAACAGAAAUUGUAUAAAUUAAAAAGCGAUCCAGGAUGGGUUAUUGUUUAUGGCAUGGCAGGCUGUGGAAAGUCUGUUUUGGCGGCAGAAGCAUUACGUGACCACAGUCUUUUAAAAGAUUGUUUCCCAGGAGGAGUACAUUGGGUUUCUGUUGGGAAACAAGACAAGGCAGGUCUGUUAAUGAAACUCCAAAAUCUCUGUCUAAGAUUAGACCAGGACUUCACUUACUCUCAGAGGCCACCACUUAAUAUCGAGGAAGCUAAAGAUCGCCUUCGUUUGCUAUUUUUGCGCAAAUACCCAAGGUCUCUCUUGGUGCUUGAUGACAUUUGGGAUUCCUGGGUAUUAAAAUCCUUUGACAGUCAUUGCCAGGUUCUUAUCACCAGUAGAGAUAGGAGUGUAACAGAUUCUGUAGCUGGCAAUAAAUAUGAAGUUCCUGUGGAAAGUGGAUUAACACAUGAAAAAUCACUUGAAAUAUUAUCUCGGUUUGUUAAUAUAGAAAUAACAGAACUACCAGAAAAAGCUGAUUGUAUUGUAAAAGAAUGCAAAGGUUCUCCUCUUGUGGUAUCUUUGAUAGGAGCAUUAUUAAGAGAUUUCCCCAAUCGCUGGGAAUACUACCUUAAACAACUUCAAAAUAAGCAAUUUAAAAGAAUAAGGAAAUCAUCAUCUUAUGAUUAUGAAGCACUUGAUGAAGCCAUGUCCAUAAGUGUUGAAAUGUUGCCGAAAGAUUUCAAAGAGUACUACAGAGAUCUUUCUGUCCUUCAAAAGGAUGUUAAAGUGCCUUCAAAGGUAUUCUGUAUUCUUUGGGAUAUGGAGACAGAGGAAGCUGAAGACAUACUGCAAGAAUUUGUUAACAAAUCUCUCCUGUUCUGUGAUCGGAAUGGAAAAUCAUUCCAGUAUUACUUGCAUGAUCUCCAGCUUGACUUUCUUACAGAGAAGAAUCGCUCUCAGCUUCAAGCACUACAUAAAAAAGUAGUUGAUCAAUACAAGAAAUGUUAUAAACAGUAUAUACCAUCACAAGAAGACUGCAUGUACUGGUAUAAUUUUCUGGCUUACCAUAUGGCAAGUGCCAAUAUGCACAAAGAAUUCUGUGCUCUCAUGUUUUCACUAGACUGGAUUAAAACCAAAACAGAAUUGGUAGGACCUGCUCAUUUAAUUCAUGAAUAUGCUGAAUACAGUCAAAUAUUGGAUGAAAAGGAUGCCAUUGCACGUGAAAACUUCCAGGAAUUUCUAUCCUUAAAUGGGCACCUCCUUGGGCGGCAACCAUUUCCAGACAUUGUACAGCUGGGUCUGUGUCAACCAGAAAGUUCAGAAGUCUAUCGGCAAGCAAAACUAAAAGCUCAGCAAGAAGUUGAGAAAGGAUCAUUUUAUGUGGAAUGGAUAAAUAAAAAAUCAAUGAAGAACAUGUACCGUUUGGUUGUGCGUCCACAUACAGACGCUGUUUACCAUGCUUGCUUUUCCCAGGAUAGACAAAGAAUAGCUUCAUGUGGAGCUGAUAAAAUGCUGCAGGUGUUUAAAGCUGGAAGUGGAGAAAAACUUUUGGAAGUGAAAGCUCAUGAUGAUGAAGUGCUGUGUUGCACUUUUUCAGCAGAUGACAGAUUUGUUGCCACUUGUUCAGCAGAUAGAAAAGUAAAAGUCUGGAAUUCAAGAACAGGCCAGCUUGUGUGUGUGUUUGAAGAACAUGCAGAGCAGGUCAACUGCUGCCAGUUCAACAAUACAAAUCAUCGCCCAUUUCUAUUGGCUACAUGUUCAAAUGACACUUUUGUCAAACUCUGGGAUUUGAACAAGAAACAGUGUCGUAAUACACUGUUUGGUCACAGUAGUUCUGUUACUCACUGCAGAUUUUCACCAGAUGAUAAGUAUGUGGCUAGUUGCUCAGCAGAUGGAACUUUAAAGCUUUGGUAUGCACAUUCGGCAAAUGAACUGAAAACUAUUGACAUAGGAUACUGCUUUAGAAAUGUGGAUGACUACCAGGAUGAUGUGGAAGUCUUAGUGAAGUGUUGCUCCUGGUCAUCUAAUGGAACUACAGUGUUGGUGGCAGCGAAAAACAGGCUUUUUCUUUUUGACGUUAAGACCAGUGAUUUGUUGACAGAAGUUCUUAUAAGCCACCACAGCACUAUUCAGUACUGUGACUUUUGUCCCAACAGCCAGAUGGUUGCAGUUGCUUUAUCACAUUAUUCUGUUGAGAUAUGGAAUAUUGAAUCCUCUUCCAAAAUUGCUGACUGCCGAGGACAUAUGAGUUGGGUCCAUUCUGUGACAUUUUCACUUGAUGGGUCAUUAUUUCUCACUUCUUCUGAUGACCAGACAAUAAGGAUAUGGGAGACAAAGAAGGUGUGUGAGUCCUCCGCUGUUGUGUUGAAACGUGAAAUAGAUGUUUUGUUUCCUGUUAAUGAAGUUUUCAUCUUGGCUAUUGACAGUAUGAAGCAUCUGCAACUAAUUAAUGGCUUCACAGGCCAUACUGUUUAUCAGACUGAAGAACAGGAGCCUUUCAUUUGCUGCUGUUGCUUAUAUGAAGACAUUCAGACUGCAGCAUUUGGGGAGAAGAAUGGAACAGUAAAGGUAUUAAAUCUGUCAAGUGGGAAUAUUUUAAAAUCCAGAACUGGACACAAGGAAGCUGUACAACACUGCCAGUUUACUUCUGAUGGGAAAACACUCAUUUCAAGCUCUGAUGACUCAACUAUACAGGUGUGGAAUUGGCAAACAGAGGAAUUUAUUCUCCUGAAAGGUCACAAGGAACCUGUCAAGAAUUUUCAUCUUCUAAAACACUCAGGGCUUCUUUCAUGGUCAUUUGAUGGGACAGUUAAGCUCUGGAACACAGUUACAGGAGAACUUGAGAGAGAUAUCAUUUGCCAUGAAGACACCAUUCUUUCUUGUGUAAUUUCACCCAAUACCACUAUGUUUUCCACUACCUCUGCUGACAAGACUGCCAAGGUAUGGAGUUUUGAAAGUUCAUCGGUUCUUCAUACGCUGACUGGUCAUGACGGCUGUGUGAGGUGCUGUGCCUUCUCCCUUGACAAUGAAUUGUUGGCCACAGGAGAUGACAAUGGGGAAAUACGGGUUUGGAAUGUAUUGAGAGGAGAACUGCUUCACCUCUAUUCCCAUGCUUCAAAAAGUGAGGGAGAAUCAGCCCACGGAGGCUGGGUAACAGACCUUCGCUUUUCCCCUGAUAGUCAGAUACUUGUUUCUUCUGGGGGAUGCAUUCAGUGGUGGAAUGUAGCUACUGGGCAACUCCUACAAACAUUCUAUACAAAUGGAACAAACCUUAAAUCAUUACACGUGUCUCCAGAUUUCAAAGUAUGUGUGACUGUUGAUAAUCUUGGCAUUCUUUACGUGCUACAGAUUAUGAAAUAAAUCUGUUUAAAACUGAUUGUAACUGCAAUGUUUUGAGCCGGAAGCAUAUUCCCAAAAAACUUUCUUUAAACUGUGAAGUCAUUUUUACUCUGGCAUAAAUUACCUGUAUGGUAAAUUUGUAAACGUUCCUAAAUCAGCAUACAUUUUAUAUGUUGUGUUUUGAUCAGCAGUUUGAUAUGCAUUUUAUAUGUGGCUUUCCCCAUGGUUAGUUACAUCCAGAUUAAACUUUAGUCAAACUUUAGUCUCCCUGAAAUCAAUGGGAGUAAUUAUUGAGGACUAAAGUUGCCCUGAUCCAAUAUGUAUACUCAGUGGUAUACUGAUGAUAAUUGGAAGGUGAAUUACCAGCCCUAUGAUAACUGAAAUAUUUUCAUUGAUCUAGUGGCAAAUGUAUCUAAGCCAUAAGUACAUUUUCAUAAAAUACCAUAAACCUCUGUUUUACUAAUGCAAUUUUGUCUUGAGACAAAAGUAGGUGUGUGGGUGUUCUAAAAAAACCAACACUUUAAUAUUUAAAAAGAGUUUUAAGAGCCAUGAUACACAAUGUGACUAAAAACUCCAGUAGGAGAAAAUUAAUCUCCAAAUGGUACUAUUAUGUUUUUAGGAGUAGCAGAUUCAUGCUUCUCAAACAUAACCUUGGUUUGCACGUAACACUAGGCCAAACCAUGGCCAAUUGAAUUUACAAGUAUUUGAGUAUUCGCAGGAAAAAUUCUGACCCUGCUUCUGCCAUGGUCCACAGAGGUAAGCCAAACCUUGGUUUGACUUGGCAUUACAUCAGAACCUGAGUAUAGUUGUCUGGAUGAGACAACCCAUGAACACUGACUCAGGCAUAACACUAAGUCAAACAGUGGCUUAAUUCUGCGUAGUGCUGCAACAAAGCAGCUGUAAUUUGUUCUGUAUCACAUACUUUCACAUUUGAGCUAUUGUUUGUGCAAACUGGGACAGUGUGGUAAAGGUGCAGAACUCUCUCUCCAUAUGUCCUAAGAAUAAAGCAGGUGCAAUUUUCUAAAGGUACAUUUUCCCUGAAGUUAUUGGAAACUGGCUUAUCUGUUUGUUUUUGGAUAAAACAAAAAUGUCAGUGUCUGAUCUACUAAAGUAGAUAGUAUUAUUUCAAAUGAAGUUUUCUGAUUGCAAAAUCAUAAUGUAGCUUUAUUUUUUAUUUUAAGAUAGCAUACCUCAGAUUUUUCUCAACUGCGUUUCUUCACUCUUGUGUCAGCAGAUAUUUAAUUGAAAAGGACAACAUAAAAUAAUUCAUAUUGAAUAUAAUUUUUAACCAAAAUAUUUAACCAAACCCUUUGGGUCAAAUUCUCAUCAUAGUUGGGACUCCUCCCAUCAUCAUCUUAAUGGAAUGGGAGCCAGUCCAGUGAUGUCAGGAGUCCAGACCAAAAGGGAGGAGUCUGCAAUGUGGCUCUUUCCUAUGUUGGUGUCACCAACUGUGAGUACACACCACAAAUCUAGGAUUUUCACCAUUAAUGUCAAAGGAGUUUAUGAGCAGGUUAGGAAUAGAAAUUAUUUCCAAUGCAUAAGCAAUCUCUAAUAAUUAUAGCAACCAAUUAGUAACACUUGUUUCAAAGUUUUUGCCAUCCGAAGGUCCAUUUCAGUACUUCUUGUGUUUGUGUUUCAGGUUAAAUUUAAUCAUUGCCUUUCUGCAGUUGCCAAACUGGUUGUUGUUUUUUUAAAUGUUGUGUUUUAAUUAACAGUUCCCUCAUGUUGUAUCUGGAAAUGUGAUCCUUUGGGCUACUUUCAAUGAACUGUGACCCUAUUCUCACCUGUGCAUCCCUUGCUAGGAAGCCUUCCCAUAAAAAAAAGAACACAAUUCAAAGGGAUGUAAAGGAAACCCUUACUCUUUGACACUUGUGUUCCACUGAAUGGCUGUGCAGGAGCUGGAGUGAGAAUUAUUUGUGUUCUGGGAGCUCAUUAAGAUUCAAUGAAGAAAGUUGAAGAAACAAGGAUUUAGUUGGGUUUUUUUAAGGUUUAAUUUAGAUUUUAGUAACUUGUGGACAAUAUUCAAGGUAACAUUCAUCAAAUGAGAUUGUCUAAAUUUUCCGCUGGCGUUAUCUAUUGCAACUUAAGAUAAAGCUGGAUAAUUAAAAUGAGGCUCAUUGGUCUAUUACAUUAGGAGAAAGGAAUUGUUUCCGGUUUAUCUGGCAUUACAAGAGAUAAUAGGAGUACUAAUAGCAGCUCAACUUUUGCUUUUAGCUAUACUGUACUGUGUUGCUGUUAAUUGGAAUAUAUCUGUGCAUCAAGGGAAAUUGCUGAAUUUGCUGACUGCUGGUUUUUUAAUGUUUCUAAAACUUUGCUUUAGCAAAGUUGCUGGGUUUUAAUUAAACAAGAUUGAGCAUUUGAAAGCAAUAAAUAUUUUAAUAUAUUGCA